AUGAACGUCGAUGAGAUCGAUCAGAAGAUAAAGGAGCUCGAAAGUGAGAUUUGCUGCGUGAAAAUGUGUUCCAUUCCCUUGCACUUACUCGUGGUGCUAAUAUUUUCUUCUGUAAAUUAUUCUUCUGCAUCUGCACAUACACAAAGCAAUCUCGCAAAUGACAAGUCAUACGAAUUUGAUGGUAGCAGGAUUCCAGCUGACAUACAGCAAGUACAGCUUCUGAUAACACCUGUAAAAGUAACAACACAACGGUCACCUCAGCUUGUACAUGUAGUCCACAUCAGCUGGACUGUGGCUCGAAAUGCUGCUUCAUAUCGAGUGCGCUGUGAAGCAAACACGACUAAUGAGGUGAUCACACUUCUUGAUAGAAUUAUUUCGGACAACGUGACGGAAUUAAACGAAAAGUUCAUACUACCGCAAGGACAUCUCGCCCUGCUCUGCGCGGUGACAGCG